ACGGUCACGCUCUCGCUCACACGGGCCCGUUCACACUACAAUUAGCUACAUUAGCGAGGGAGUAACAGUCAUUCAAAAGCAACCAUUCUUCGGAGAAGUAAAAUCAAGAAUUUUGCCGCGAUCACUGUCAUGGAAUAUGACUUUACUACAGGUUUUAGAUUCUGAUGCCCUCAAAGUAGUCAGUAUCAUCUCAGUCGUGGCUCUGCUCGUUGCUUCUCUAAUAUAUUGCUUCUUUGGAGUUAAAAAACGACGCAAACAAAGGAAGGAGUUCCGGAGGAGACCUCUUACUAAGCCACAGCGAGAGCCUCAGUCUAGAUCUCAGUAUCCUACGUCGAUGCGCCGUAGAUUCGCACCUCCCACGCCACCACCAGCCGCCCCAAUCAAGGUCCAACCCCCACCGACACUAGGCGUAACCUGGGGUGCGAAAAGCAUUGUGGGACAGAUCCUUGCUUCAUGCGUCGAGCAAACCGAUAGAAAUAAGUACAGCUCAUUUUUCUAUAAUGGGAAUCCUAACUUCUCGACGUGGGAAGAAACGAAGUUAUGUGCUGACAAUGACAAGGAGAAAGAAACUGAUGUUAAAACCUGCGACAAGUUUACUCAAACUGUCUGUGAAGCAUGGAGAGCCGAUAUAGUGUUUGAGGAUGUUGAUCUGUCCUCGUAUACUGACCAGUAUUUGCAGACCAAGACAUCAGAAAAGGCAGUCAACACCGAUACUAGUAUCACUCAAGAUGUAGGGUCAGUGGUGCAGGCUAGAAAACCCAAGCGAGCUCACAAAUCAAAGCCGGUUUUCCGUGGCGUGCCGCCUAGCAGGAGUGAUCGUAGACACAAGCUUUGGGCGCACAAGUGUGUUGUGCCGGACUGCCGAGACUUAUUGGAGCAGAGAGUUCCUCACUAUAAGGGCUUCGACUCCGAAGGCAGCACGAGCUCCGACGAGCAGCAUUUUCAUGAUGAUAAAAGGAGGGACGAAACUCGAACGGAUGAGUACUUCUACGAAGUCAUAGACGAAAAUGGCAAAGGCAAUUUCACGGAUACAAAAUCCCCUUAUGGCGGGAAGGGGAAUGCACAGACUGAACGCAGUCGCUCGAAAGGGAGAAGACGGUGCUUAUUUAGCGAUUCAGACUUGUUAUCUAACAGAACUCUGACCACGCCUCUAAGGGAUGGAACGAAAGUGUCCAAAGCAGAAGGGAUUUUACAUGAAGAUGGCCUUGAGGAUCAACUGUCGCUACUUCUAUCACGCACCUCGUUUAUCCCUAUCAAGAGCUGGUACAGUCUCUGCUCUUUAAAUGACGACGAUGACGAGUUUUGUAGCAUAUGCGAGAAGGGAAAGGACCAUGAGCAUCCUUUAAAUGAAUUCGACUUAAGGAGGCUUCGCAUGAAUCACCUCCGUAAGGUCUCGGAAUCGAACAAUAACGAUACGGGGUACACUAGUACAGAUAAUGCAAGUGAUCACGACAGGCGAUCUCCUGGAUAUGACGGAGACUACGAAAGCGAGAGCGACGAAAAGCACUGCGCUCGUCUGCUACUCGUCACCAAUAAGGGCGGAACCCACCAUAUUGAAAAGUGUAGAUCAUCAAGGCAGUGGCACAGCCCUGGCCGGGAGGUCUCGCCCAGAUCAGAACUUUGCUGUUGUCCAGCGGUUCUGGGUCAGGCGUGGUCGUGAGAAGGCGAUUCCCCCAGCCACAUUCUUCUGGUAUCCACACGAACGUAUCCCUAGACCAUGCGGUAUAGAGUAAUAUGGUAUCGGAAAUUACUAUGUUUGAUAAACUAUGAAACUAUACAAGAUCCACACUAAUUUCGCAAAGAAGUGAUUGCAAUUCAUACGCGCGUUUUCUUACGCGUGGAACCCCUUUUGCAUCUUGUUUUUCGUUUCUCAAACGAGCUUUUUACAGUUCGCAACAAAUGCCUGAGUCGCAGCAAAAUCAUAUCGUGCAGACAUGGCGCGUGCGACUUGCAACUAUUUUGCGAGACAAGCUGCAACCGAGAAGUGAACGUAUUACAAUUGACAAAGCCUUGAUUGGUUUGCAUGAAAUGCCUAUCCACUAUGCAAAUCGCAAAACUAACUUCCACCCGAAGUCAGACCGCACCCACUCGCUGACGUUGCCUCGUGUUUUCUCGCAUACCUGGGUACUAGCAAUCUAAUUCAUUAAAAGUAUGAUGUAAAAUCUGCGUUUUUAUCGAAAAAAACAGUAUAUAAUAUGUGAAACAUAGGUAUAGUAUAUAAAAUAACUAAACGAUGAUAAGAAAUAUAUUUAAUAGAAAAGUAUAUUUAAAUAUAAAAUUUAUCCAGCU